AUGAAUGUGGACAGCCUCCGGUCGAGUCGGUCCUCAUACGGGGAUCCCAGGUACCUCUCCUCCGGUUAUCCCAAUGGUGCCGUUUCUUUGGUUCCGUCCCGGGCCCUGGAUGGCUACCGAAGUAUGUCGGACGUAGGGACGGAUGAUCGGUCUCAGUACAGUGGGUCCGGUGCGAUUCCCCCAAAAAACGUGCCUUCUAUCGAUGUUACCGAUCCAGUCUUACUACAUCUCCUGACCGAAACCGCGAUCGGAGACAGCGCCGGGUAUGAGAUUCUCCCAUUCGAGGAAAUUGAGGAUUUAAAACGCGAACAUGAAGUGCUGUCGAAUCGCAUUGAAAGUACGAAGCGGAAACUUGCCCUGGAGACCAAGCUGAGGGAUGCCGCGAAAUCCCUCAGCCGAUUACCAAAUCCAAAGGCUAAUGGCAACGGUGAAUAUACGAACGGCAAUACCAAUGGUGUAGCGCAUCAUCCCGAAGAUGAGGAACUUGCUGUUAGCUCUCAGAAAUGCGAACAACUAUCCCAGGAACUUUGGGCUGUGGAGCGGAGAGCGCAGGACGUUCAUAAACGGCUCCUUGAACACACGGCAGGAAUACUGCAAUUGACACACCGUGGCCUCAAGAAGAACGCCAAGCGUGAUAGCACGAACCAUGUUCCUAACGGCGCCGGAUUUGACUUUGACGAGCGAAGUUUCUAUAAAGCUCUGGAAGUAGAGGAUACUCAUGGUCUCAAGGCGGAUGUCGACACCCUGCGCAGAACCGAGCAGAAACUUGAAGAUCUAAAUGGGCGCCUGCGCGAUAUAUUAUUUCAGGGUCAUGCUGACCGUGAUGCAAGCCCAUUGCCGCUUAGAGUCAAUAAUGAUACAUCCUUAGCCUAUAUCCAAGACCACCUGGCGUAUCUCGAAACUAGCUUGGAAACACUCCAAAUAGACGGGCUACCGGGAAGCGGACCGGUACCAGAAAUUUCUGCCACAGAAAUGGAGAUUGAGCUUAGUGCUAUCAAUAGUCAACUGCAAAGUUUACUUGGGCAGGCAGGUUCUCACCUGUCACCGACUUUACCGCCACCCCCGAGUCCGUCUGGUCAAUACCUCAACGGCCAUAUCGACUACUUGCGAAGCGGAAUGGAGGACCUGCAGGGCCGCGUCGAGAGAUUACAGGAUCAAAAGAGCAUAUUGACAACGCAGAUUCAACAACAAAGAGAGCUGAAUUCAAAAUCUGAUGCCGAAAGGGAUGCUCACGUCGCCGACUUGGCGCAACAACUUAUGGAGACAAGGAAAGAAUUAGAGCUCUCAGAGCGCGAAGCUCAAACCGUCAGAAAUGAACUGGGCUUGGUAAUGGAGCAGCUCGAUACAGCGAAGCAGCAGCAGAACAUCCAGGAUCAGCAACUGGAAAUUGAUAAAGAUAAAGCUGAAAAGGAAGUCGAACAUCUCCGAGAACAAUUGGAUCUAGUAAUGGAGCAGCUUAAUGCAGCAAAGGAACAGCAGAAUACCCAAUAUCAGCAACUAGAAACCGGAAAAAUAGAAGCUGAAAGAGAAGCCGAACGUCUCCGAGAAGAAUUGGGUUUGAUGACGGAGCAGCUUGAUGCCGCACAUCAACAUCAAGGCACCCAAUAUCAACAGCUAGCCAAUGAUAAAGUUGAAGCCGAGAAAGCAGCCGAACGUCUUCAAGGAGAAUUAGGUUUGGUGAUAGAGCAGCUCAAUGCGGCAAAAGAACAGCAAAAUAAUCAAUUUCAACAGCUAGAGACCGAAAAGGCUAAAGCUGAAAAAGAGGCUGAACAUCUCCGAGAAGAACUGGGUUUAGUGAUGGAGCAGCUUAAUGCGGCAAAAGAACAGCAAAAUAAUCAAUUUCAACAGCUAGAGGCCGAAAAGGCUAAAGCUGAAAAAGAGGCUGAACAUCUCCGAGAAGAACUGGGUUUAGUGAUGGAGCAGCUUGAUGUGACGAAGCAACAACAAGACAUUCAUCAUCAACAGCUAGCGAAUGAUAAAGCUGAGGUGGAAAAAGAGGCCGAACGUCUCCGAGAGGAAUUGGAGCAUGUUGAAGGAGAAUAUGCACGCGCCCAGACCGAGCUGACUGUGGUUAAAGCGGAACUUGAUGGGGCAUACGGUACUCGUGCAGAGCGAGCUGCCGAAGCUGCAGCUAACCCAGCUCUAUACAAGGAGAUCGAAGAUCUGCACACCAGGAACAUUAGCCUAGCAGAAGAGCUAGCAGCCUUGAGAGCCGAGCAAACAAAUCGUGACAACGGUCAGGGCGAUCUUCAAAAGCGCGUGGAAACUCUUCAGAAGGAACUUGAAGAGACGAUAGAAGAUUAUGAGUCUAUGACCAAGGCCAGCAUUGAAUUUGAAAAGGAACGCGAGAGAUACGAAAGCACAAUUGACAGUUUCCGGGACCGCUGCGAGCAGCUAGAGACACAGCUAAGUGAUGAGCGCAUCACGUGGAUGGGCGUCAAUAGCCAGACAGCAGCAAGAGACGGUGCCAUGGAGACGACAUCAACAAUGGUACUGAAGAAUGAAUUCAAAAAGAUGAUGCGUGAUACGAGAGCGGAAAACAUGAAGCUUCUCAGGGCGGAACAAGAAGAACGAAAGAAACUCGAAGUGCUGGUACGCAGUCUCAAAAUGGAACAAACCAUGGGCAAGUCGAAUCUCAGUCAAAACAUGGUGGCCUAA